AUGGAUGGAUUAUCAACUACAAGUGUUUCAAAAGAAACGGGGACCGGAAGCAGUGAUUCUGCUUCCACUUCAUACCAACAGUAUCCGGAAAUGAGUGCCGAACAAGAAUUCUUCUUGUACGAACUUGAAACAACCGAUGCGGGCAGUGUUGGUUUGGUGUUAAGGUCAGCAAUUUAUGAUUGCGGUGAUGUUCACAAGUUUGCUUGUGCUUUGGAACAUCGUAUACAUCAUUAUGAUAAAAGCAUCCAGAGAAUUUGUUCAUACCAUUACCAGGGAUAUAUUGAUUCGAUGAAACAAUUAUUGCAACUGAAGAGACUUAGUUUGGAAAUCAAGGAAGAAGUUAAUGCAGUGGAUCACAGUAUACAGGAAAGUAGUAAAGAAUUGAGAAAACGAGGGGCUGAAAUUGUUCAUUAUAGAAAACUGCAAAGAAAUGCCAAUAUUGCGAUCAAUCAUAUUUCUUUAUGCUUACCAGUGCUUGAGAAUUAUGCCAAACUAAAUGAAUUCAUGCAGCAAAAAAAGUUUUAUCAGGCACUGAAAGUGUUGGAGGAAUUGGAGCAUACAUAUAUGGUUCAUGUCAAUAACUAUCGAUUUACACAAACUUUAAAAAAGUCAUUAUUUCCAAUUCGUGAACUAAUCAAGGAAAAAUCGUUUUCGGAAUUUACAGAUUUUUUGGAAAAUAUUCGAAAAGUUUCUGGGCGCAUUGGUCAGCAUGCAUCUAAAUGUACAGCUGAACAGCACUCUUUUGGUAUGUCUGAAGCCGAACGUGUAAAACGUUUACAAGAAGAAGCUAAAAAGAAUGCGUUAAAUGAGCUUUCGUCAGACGGAUCAAUAGUUAAAAAAAUGGAAAAAAUUUCACGCAAAACUUUUCAAGUGAUUUCUGCUGAAGAAGAUGAACAACUUAGUGCUCAAGACCUUAUAGAUUUCACCCCCGUACAUCGGUGUUGCCAAAUCUUUAAUGUUAUUGGUGAAAAGGAAACCUUUGAGGCGUAUUAUAGAAAGCAACGAAAGGAACAGGCAGUAGUUGUGAUCCGGCCACCAAAAUCGAUAUAUUUGUAUGUGAAGUAUUUGGAUGAAAUUAUUGGGUUUUUCGUAGUCGAAGACCACAUCAUGCAAACGGAGCCUAGUCUGGUUACUGCUGCUUACAAAGAUCAACUUUGGGAAAUGGCAUUGCAUCAAGUUACAACUACCAUGAAUGCUCAUUUCGGAGGAUGCUUGGAUGUUGAAAUGAUGCUGAAAAUGAAAAAAGUAAUUUUAUUGUUUGCAAUGACAAUGAAAAGUUAUGGAUAUAGAAUUAGCUCCCUCUACACUUUACUUCAGAAUUUCAGAGAUCAAUAUAAUGAAAUUUUGAUGCGAGAAUAUUGCGCCCAGUUUGAACGAGAUCUUGAAAAUGAUAAUUAUUCACCAAUAACUGCAAAAGAUGAAGCUGAAUUCAGAGCAGAAGUGAUGCAAUUUCCAUUUUAUCGAAGGGGAAUGGAUCAGGAACCUUAUCCUCGAGUAUUUCCAUUCUCAAAAUUUGUACCAGCAGUUUACGGACAAGCAAAAAAUUACCUAGUUGGAUGUUUGAAGUUCAUGGAACACUUACAACUUUCACCUACCGAGGUUGAUGAUACUGUACGCCGUUAUGCAAAUGUUCUGCUUGCUCGAUGGUCAGGUUCUUUAAAAAGUUUUGUAUCGACUAAAAAGCGCACACUCAUACAGCUUGUCCAAAUCACAAUUAACAUCGGAUAUUUGGAGAAGUCUUGUGAAUCGUUAGAGCAUUAUAUUAGUAAAUUGACUAAUAGAAACAAUGGUUCCAGUACCACUACAGGACACUUGGUAACACUGAAAGAUCGAGUUUUUCGAGAUGCUCGAUCGGAAGUAGAGCAACAAAUUGAUGGUGCACUUCGAGACAAAGUUGAUGCUUUUCUUGAUCUAGCAAAUUACGACUGGGAGCUGUCGAGUUCGAGUGGACGAGCCAGUGAUUAUAUUUCAGACCUCAUUAAAUUUUUGGAAACGACUUUUGUGUCAUUCAGUAAUUUACCAAGUAUUUUGGCUCGACAUGUCUGCAUGCAGACUUGUAAAUAUUUGGCAAAUCGAUUGACUGAAAUUCUGCUAAAUACAGACUUGAAAUCCGUGAGCACUGGGGCACUUGACCAAUUUGAUUUGGACGUAAUUCAAUGCGAACUAUUUACUGCUCAGUGCCCUAUUGCAGGAUUAGAAGAUGGUACGCUUACCAUGACAUUUGCGAGUUUACGGCAACUUCUUGAUUUAGUUAUGAAAGCAGAUUGGCCAACAUAUUUGGCGGAUUAUGGAAAAGAAGAGAGCAAAUAUUCUAGAGUUAAAGCGUCUCAUGGAAUUAUUUUGCUAGAGAAACUUAUUGAAUUCGAACGCAAAUCAUCGAGUUUUUUCGGCAAAGGUCGCGAAAAAGAUCGAAAAAAAUUAUUGGAUACUAUUGUUCGUCAACUACGAGCUCUUGCUAAUCAAUAG